GCAUGGCUGCUCAUCUCAUCGUUCUUCUUCUUCUCGGUGUGCUUAAAGGACUUCACAGCAUAACUACAGUCAGUAAAGUAUCAGUGGAAGCUGGAAAAUCUAUCUCCAUCCCAUGUCUCUAUGAGUCCCAAUACAUAAACCAUGUAAAGUACUUGUGUGAAGGUUAUGAUUGGAAGUUCUGCAGAUAUGCAGUAAAAACAAACAAACCAGACCCUUCAGGAAAAUAUGUAAUCUCUGAUGACAAAAAAGAACAAAUUUUCACUGUGACUAUAAACCAGGUGACAAAUCAAAAUACUGAUUACUGGUGUGUGGUGGAGAUUAAUAAUGGACCGGACUGUGGACAGUAUUUUAAACUAUCAGUUAUUAGUGAUACCCGUAGACUCCCUGUGGAUCAUCAGAGGAUUACAGGAUAUAUUGGCGAAAGCAUAACCAUCAGAUGUCACCACAGUAACUCUGGAGAAAUGAAGUGGUGCAGGCUGGACAGGAACUGUGUGACAGGAUCACCUGGAUCUAUAGAUGGAAUAACAGUGAGCACUCAUAUGAGAGACCCAAAUGUUUUCACAGUGACCAUGAGUGGACUAAAGUCAAAUGACAGUGGCUGGUAUUGGUGUGCUAAAGGGGACAUUCAGAUACCAGUAUAUUUAAAUGUUACUGAGAAACCGAUCACUAUGAAACAAUUAUCAGAAUGGAACAAUUCUACAGUAGAAGAAAAUGAAGAACCCAGAGCUUCAUAUGACACAAAGAUCCUCAUCAUCCCUCUGAGUGUGUUGAUCUUGAUUUUAAUUGGGGUGUUCAUCUGGUUUAUACUGAGUCACAAGAAGCGCAAAGUAGAAUUAUCAGCCACAGCAAUGACUGGAGAGGACAUAACAUACUCUGAAGUUGGACUCGAAAAAAAUAGUUCACCCAGGGUGGAUAAAGAAGUGAUAUACUCUGAAAUUAAACCCAAGAUACAAAGUUCAACCAAGAGUUUAUUUGCUGAAUGUGACGUGGAACUCACGUACAGUUCUGUUGUUGAGAAACAGCGUAUUAAAUGGGAUGAAGGAAAAGAUACAGAAGUUUCAGAGCAUUAGAGCAUAUUAGCUAACAAGCAUUGAAAUGUUCAAACAUUAAAACAUUUUUCCAGUUUUAACUUUUUUAGCUGUACCUAUAUUAUUGAAGUAUUGUCAGAUAAAAGCUGCAAUGUGUUAAAUGCUGUCAUCAGGUUUUUCUUCUCCUUUUAACUGUUUUGUAACAAAUUUUAUUCCUGCAUAGCUGCAAAUUUAUUCAAAGAAGCAUUUGCCUGUUUGCUUGCUCUUUUUCACGAUCAUUGAUAUGAUUCUUAGUUUUUGUAAUAAAAAAGGAUUGUAAUCA